AUGAAUUUUUAUAAUAAAUUUGACUUUCUAAAAACUAUCAAUCAAAAUUUUCAAAAUAGAUGCUCCAUAUUUUGAAGUUAUUAUUUUGACAAAAAAUAUAAAUCAUCAAAAAGAGUGAAAUUGUCUGGAUUAGAGACUAAAUGUGUGUGAAAAAGAAAGUUACGCUUGAGCUGGAAAGCAUUAUCAAUGCUUAGAUUUUGAAAACGAGAUAAACGAAGAAAUGAUAUCGAAAGUCAAUAG